AUGGUGUCAUGUGGCGGAUUGACGAACAGAAUUUCCACAGUUCUUCUCAAAUUUAUUUUACCGACAGUGUUCGUGGUGUAUGUAGUUGUUGUAGUAAAAGAAAAGACGUCGCAAUCUAUGCUAAGGACGGUAGAGACGUAUUCUGCUAUGAGAUGUGAAAAUCAUACGGUUAUAACAACGCGGAAGUACAACACAUUUAAUUCAGCUUCAUACCAUAUGGACAAAUAUACUCCAGUUGAGGAUCAAAACGCGUUGCGUGAAAUGAUGCAGAUUACACGAUUAAGGUGUAACUGUCCGAAGCCACCAUACUGGUUGAAACCUGUCAAUGAAAGACGAAUUGAAGAAGGAAGGAAGUGGGAAUUUGAGAAGAACAAACGACUGGAACCACUGUCUAUCUGCAAAGCCAUGUCACCAUUUAAUUAUAUCGGAGGCGGUAUCACCGUGGAGCCGUAUCAAACAGUGCCCAUCGUUGGAUUGUCACUUCAUCCAAUUGUAGAACAAAUGCUACCAAACUUGAACACAGAUAUUACUCUACAAAUAUCCUCAACAAAGAAAAUGGGAAAACUCCAUUUAAGCAAAUUGAUAAAUCCUAUGAUGUUAGCAAACCACGUCAUAUCCGGUGAAAGGACAUUUGAAUUGAAAAUUAAUUUAAAGCAAAAUAUAGAGCUUCUAAACACAAUUCUGGACACUAAUAUUCUGUAUACAAGUGAUAACUAUGAGCUUGAUGCCCGUGAUCAAUUACAAAUCACAUUACUGAAUUUCACAGCUGAUAUCUACGUACGCAUUCGGAGGGAACCAUUGCCAGAUCUGUAUGAUCCUGGUGAAAGAAAUUCAGUCAUCGAUAAAGUCACAGUCAUCACUAAAACAUUUGAAAGACCGGAUGUUAUUGAACAGUUUGUUGCUAGUGUUCACAAAUACUAUCCAAAUAUAUCAAUAAUAAUUGCAGAUGACUCCGAAUUUCCAAAACCGAUCAAAAAGGACCAUGUUAAAUACUUUGUCAUGCCUUUCAGGGAAGGAAGUUUUCCAGGAAGAAACCUUGCCCUGAGUCAGGUCAGAACAAAAUACGUUGUGUUUUUAGAUGAUGAUAUGUUCUUUACGAGCGAGACCAAUCUUGAAAUAAUGAUGGAAAAACUCGAAGAUCCUAAUAUUGACAUGGAUAUAAAUUGUGGUGAGGUCAAGAACUUGGGAAUACUUAAGGGGUUUAGAAGUAUAGGGUAUAACGAUACACAGGGUUAUUGUAAUAUGGGUUCAUUUUUCAAACAUAAUAACCUUGUACCUGGAUAUCCACAGUGUGGGUGGGGAGAAAUGUUCAUGUUCUUUUUCAUGGCAAAAACAGCAGUUCUCCGUAAAAUCGGUGCUUAUCCACAGAUUGUACAGGCUGCUCAUGAAGAGGCGUGGAUAGACACGAUAGGAAAGGCUAAGAGCGCGUUCUGUCCAGACAGUUCGGUUUAUCAUAAUCGUGGUGGUAAUAAGAAAUACAGUGCAUAUCGCAGGGAAUCUCAAAGUAUUUUAUUUUCUGAUCCGUUGGCGUUGUUUGAAAAUAACAUGUGUUAUUGGUGGAGUUGGUAUAAAUUUCCGCGUGACCCAAAUUUCAGCAUUAAAGUGAAAAUUCCUUUAAUCUGA